AUGAAUAAUAAUAAAGAUAAAGAAUUCUUUGAAAAUAUUCAAAUAAUUUUUGGUUUAUAUAUUAUACCAAUUGUUUGUUUACCUGGUCUUAUUGGUAAUAUAUUAUGUAUAAUUGUAUUUAUUACAAAUAGUAUGCAACGAUUUCUUACAACACAAUUUCUUCUUUUUUUGGCUAUAUCGGAUACAAUCAAACUUUCAAAUGAUUUACUCUAUUCUAUUGUACUUAUUAUUCAAGCAUUUGAUCAACAAUAUGGAAAAAAAUUAUUUCUUAUACUUUAUCGUUAUUGUCAUUAUAUAAAUACAGUUUCAACAUUAUGUGCAGCAUGGCUUACACUAAUUGUAGCUAUAGAAAGAUAUGUAUUAUGUAGUGGAAAUAGUCAAAAACGUGUUAUUGUUCAAAAAAAUUCUCGUAUUAUAUGUUAUUCAAUUAUAUUCUGUAGUCUUAUUGUUGCUUUACCUGUUUCAUUUCGUUAUGAAAUUGUUCCAUCAUCAACAAUCAAUCAAACUUUAAUUAAUUCCGAUUCGCCACUACGUUUAUCAAAAUUUGGUAGUUCACGUUUAUUUCGUGCUUAUUCAAUUACAUUUGAUCUUAUUCGAGCAAUUAUUCCGUCCUUAUUACUUUUUUAUUUAAAUACACGUAUUGUUUAUUUACUUUGUCGUAUGAAAUCAUCAACAGGUACAGCAUUUUAUCGUUUAACAAUAAGUCUUAUUAUUAUUAUUGGAUGUUUUAUUUGUUGUUAUUUUCCUGAUGCGCUUCUAUCACUUAUACUUAAUAUGGGUUAUAUUGAUGAAUCAUAUAAAAAACGAGCUAUACGAGAAAUUACAGAUUUUUUUGUUACAUUUAAUUCAGCAAUUAAUUUUCCUGUUUACUUUUGUAUAUCAUAUACAUUUCAACGUUCAGUUAUACGUUUAUUUGAACGUAAAGCUAAAUCUUAUUCUACAACAACAUAUGAAGAUGCCAUACAACGACAAAGACUACAACAACCAUUGGAUAAUUUAAGAAAUAUGGUGUAA